AUGGCAAUCGCAAUUCCCAAACCAAAGCGCAUGGCCGUUCUACCAAUUUCAUUUGACGGAAAGCCCCCUAUCCUCGACGAGGGGGAAUAUCCGGACUGUCGAAUCAAGUAUCACUUUAUCUCCUUUGAAGCUUCACCCAAAACGUUCAAACCACUAUAUAGUGGCAUGUAUGACUUGGCGCCGUUCGGUUAUAACCCAAAGAGGCCAGAUGAAUAUAUGUAUGGAAGGUUUCUCGAUAAAGAAACAGAGCAUGGGCUAGUCGAUGUGGGAUAUCGAGACAUCUGGUGCACAGUGCCUCUGAAUUAUGUCGUGUGUACAAUAGUAGAUAAUCCAAACGAUAAGCAGGCGCACAGUUUCUAUAAUAAUAUCAAGAAACAACUCGAAGAUAUAAACAAACAAGGUGGUGAUCAAAAUCACGAACGUUUCGCAUUGUUCCAAAAGCACUGGGAAUCAGGAACCCACCCCCUUCAAGGCUCUCGGGAGGAAAUCGAUAAGUUGGUCGGAGAGUACUGGAAAAUUCACACAGCAAUUGGGGCCCAGCAAGGCGCUCAGACACAAUCAAUUGAUGAAGCAAUGCUUAGAAUGCUGUUGCAGGUGCUGGUUGGAAUAAGGAAGCAUUCUGGGCCCAGUCCUACUGUGCGUGAAGCAAAAAGGGCAUUGGAGGAGGUUUUGAGGUUCAGCUCGUGA